AUGGAGCUAACAUCGCCUGAAAUUACUUCCCCAAAGGACUUACAAUUGCAGCGACUUGCUGUUGCAGCUGCUGUUUAUGCUGGUAGAUAUGGCAUCCAAGCAAGGCAGGAUUUCAAGAAAAAAAUUGUAGAGAUCCCAAAGCUAACAUUUGGCUGCUCCGAGUUCAUAGAAAAGAUUUUGGAGAAGAGAAAGAUGAACCAAACACUGCUGGAAAAUCAUAGUACUUUGCUCGACUUACUUGAAAUUCCUCAGCAUAUGGACACAUGUGUAAGUGGAUUUGCAGCAGCGGCAGCUGGUGGUGUAUUUGGUUUUGACUUUAGUGUUGACCCAAAUCUUGAUCCUGAGCUGGCAGUUGCUGAUGAUCAAGAUUUGGCACUUGGUCUAAGAAAAUAUAUCAAGAUUCAAGAGAACAUAAAAAGAAAAAUAGUGGUAUUGGCCUGUCGAAGGAGAAUGAUGACCAGCACAUUCAGAGGAAUUGGUAUGCAUAUUCCACUUACACCCGUAGCUGAAAUAUUGAAAUUCCAGAUGCAAAGAUUUUCCAUCAGAUCCGCGGAAAAUUUUUCUCUUUUCCCAUCAGAUCUGCUCUCCAGGAACCCAAACUUUUGUGUCGAAAUUCAAGAACUCCGAUUUGUUGCCGAAAAAAUGGUGGUCAGUGGCCCUUUAACACCUGGCCAGGUGUCAUUUUUACUUGGAAUCAUCCCAAUUUGUGUAGCUUGGUUAUAUUCAGAGUUCCUGGAGUACAAGAAAACUGCAGCAUCCUUAAAAACUGGCAGGGAUUCUGAUAUAAACUUGGUUGAGUUGGAUAAUAACACUGUAAAAGAAGAUGAUAGAGCUGUUUUACUGGAAGGAGGAGGUCUCCAGUCGGCUUCUCCUAGAAGCCAUAGUUCAUCUAUUACAUCUCCUGUUGUCAGGCUAUUUACAAUGGAUGAGUCCUUCUUGCUUGAGAAUCGUUUGACAUUGAGAGCUAUUUCAGAGUUUGGACUCAUAUUGUUCUACUUCUACUUAUGUGAUCGGACAAACUUCUUUGGUGAUUCCACAAAGAGUUACAAUAGGGAUCUUUUCUUGUUUCUAUACUUCCUUCUUAUCAUAGUAUCAGCAAUUACAUCAUUCAAGAUUCAUCAUGAUAAGUCACCAUUCUCUGGGAAAGCCAUACUUUAUCUCAACAGACAUCAAACCGAAGAAUGGAAAGGUUGGAUGCAGGUAUUGUUUCUAAUGUACCAUUACUUCGCAGCAACAGAAUUCUACAAUGCCAUACGAAUGUUCAUUGCUGCAUAUGUCUGGAUGACUGGAUUUGGAAACUUCUCUUAUUAUUACAUUCGCAAAGAUUUUAGCCUUGCAAGAUUUGCUCAGAUGAUGUGGCGACUCAACUUUCUAGUGAUGUUUUGUUGUGUUGUUCUGAACAACAGCUAUAUGCUAUACUACAUAUGUCCCAUGCAUACCCUUUUUACCCUUAUGGUUUAUGGUGCCCUUGGAAUUUUUAACAAAUAUAAUGACAAUAACACUGUCAUUGCUGCUAAAUUUGGUGCUUGCUUUUUGACUGUUAUUCUGAUAUGGGAAGUACCUGGAGUUUUUGAAUUUUUAUGGGCUCCUUUCACUUUUCUUGUUGGAUACACGGAUCCUGCAAAGCCAAACCUCCCUGUUAUGCAUGAAUGGCAUUUUCGAUCAGGCCUUGAUCGCUACAUUUGGAUUAUUGGAAUGAUUUAUGCGUAUUAUCACCCAACAGUUGAGAGGUGGAUGGAGAAAUUGGAAGAAGCAGAAAUUAAACGUAGAAUAUCAAUCAAGACAUUGGUUAUCAUAAUCUCCGUAACGAUUGGGUAUCUGUGGCUCGAGUAUGUAUACAAACUUCCUAAACUUACCUACAAUAAGUACCAUCCUUACACUUCGUGGAUCCCCAUUACUGUGUAUAUAAGUCUACGAAACGUCACCCAAUGUUUCCGUAGUUACACUCUGACCCUUUUCGCAUGGCUGGGAAAAAUCACUUUGGAGACCUACAUCUCUCAGAUUCACAUAUGGCUAAGAUCCGGGGUGCCAGAUGGCCAGCCUAAGUUGUUGCUGGCUUUGAUUCCAGACUACCCGAUGUUGAAUUUUAUGCUUACAACUUCCAUCUACGUUGCGGUUUCAUACAGGCUGUUUGAACUGACAAAUACUUUGAAGAUUGCAUUUGUGCCAAGUAAAGAUGAUAAACGACUCACGUACAAUGUCAUCACAGGAAUAGUCAUAUCAACUCUCGUCUACACUUUAUCUUUCAUACUCCUCAAGUUGCCUCAAGUCAUGGGGUGAAAGUUUUUGAGAUGUAUAUGAUGCGAGUGCACUUAGCUAGUGUGAAGAUUUUGGUAUUUUUAAGAGAGAGAAGGGGGGCCUACUAUUGUAUAGGUGAAAUGGGAUGAGUUGGAUAUCCAAUUGGAGGUUGUAUACUCAAGUUUCUUCAAUGUUCAUUAUAAUGGUAAGUGAGUAACAAAUUUGAUCUGUUAGUAAGUAUCGCUUGUGUGUUGAGGUUCAAGUUUUAGUGCUAGAGGUACAAGUCGUUAUAGCAGUCAACGGUUUUUAUCC